CGGGAUUACUAUAUGUUUUAUUGCCAUUUGCCGUUGUUUUCUUAUCAGUUCAUUGGGUGAGACUUGUCUAAUCAAAGUUCUUUUUGUCAUUGUGAUUUUUGUGCCACGAAAUAGCUGUUGUGUAACUGCUUUGCUGCAAUUCCCAAUUUCCUAAAGCCGUGUGAAAAAAUGAGUUAUCCUGGAUAUCCUCAGGGUGGCAAUAAUUAUCCACGGCAACCAUAUUCAGGAGGGGGAGCACCAUAUCCCUCUAAUAAUGCUCCUCAAGGUGGAGGAGUAUUCCCUCCUAGUGUCGGAUUUAGCAUGAAUUCCCCAAUAUAUAUGCCACAACCUUAUCCUACUAGCGGAUCUGCUUAUCCUCCUCAGGCAGGAGCAGGAUAUCCUUCCCAAGGCGCAGGGCAUCCUCCUCAAGGAGGUGCAGGGUAUCCUCCUCAAGGAGGUGCAGGUUAUCCUCCUCAAGGAGGUGCAUCAGGCUACCCCUCUCAUGGUGGACCAAGCCACUCUCCUCAAGGAGGUGCAAGUUAUCCUCCUCAAGGAGGUGCAUCAGGCUACCCCUCUCAUGGUGGUUCAAGCCAUUCUCCUCACGGAGGUGCUGGUUAUCCUUCUCAUGGAGGGUCGCAUAUUGCUCCUCAAGGAGGUGCUGGUUUUCCACCCCAUGGGGGGUCACAUCUCCCUCCUCAAGGGGGUGUUGGUUAUCCCUCUCAUGGGGGAGCUUAUCCACCAGCUCCUACUGGGGGAGCACCACCAUCUUCUUCUCCCUACCCAUCGAAUGCUGGAGGUGCUCCCCCACAUGGAGGACAUCAUCAUGGUGGUGGAUAUCCUCAGGGACACCAUGCGCCAAGUGGACAUUCCAACUACUAUCCUAACAGUACUCAACAUGUUGCACCAUUUCAUAAGGGAACCCCCACAGUGGUUCCAGCUCAUCCCUUCGACCCCAGGGCAGAUGCCGAAGUUCUCAGGAGAGCUAUGAAAGGUUUCGGAACGGACGAGGCAGCCAUCAUCAAUGUAUUGACAAGAAGAACCAAUGUCCAACGCCUGCAAAUCAUUGUUGAAUUCAAAACGAUGUACGGAAAGGAUUUGAUCAGUGAUCUGAAGAGUGAGCUCAGUGGGAAUUUCGAAAACGUUAUUGUUGCCAUGAUGACACCCUUGCCGCAAUAUUAUGCCAAAGAGUUGCACAGAGCUAUUUCUGGCAUUGGAACAGAUGAAGACAUAUUGAUCGAGAUAAUGUGUACCUUGUCCAACAGUGAGAUCCGAACAAUUCGACAGGCGUAUCAUGAACAUUAUAGAAGUUCUCUGGAGAGUGACCUCAAAGGUGACAGUUCUGGAACAUUCAAACGACUCAUGGUAUCGCUUUGCGCAGCAGGUCGAGAUGAAAGCAUGGUAACAGACCCUCAUCAAGCUAGAUACGAUGCCCAGCAAUUGUUGAGAGCAGGUGAACUACAAUUAGGAACCGAUGAAUCGACAUUCAACAUGAUAUUGUGCCAACGCAACUACGCUCAGUUGAGGCUGAUUUUCGAAGAGUACCAGCACUUGACCGGUCACGAUAUCGAAAAAGCCAUCAAAAACGAGUUCUCGGGAAAUUCAGAGAACUGCUUGCUCAGCAUUGUGCGCGCCAUUAAAAACAAACCGGCCUUCUUCGCGAAAUGCCUACACAAAUACAUGGAAGGGAUAGGAACUGAGGACAAAAACCUCAUCCGAGUUAUAGUUACAAGAUCAGAAAUAGAUAUGCAAGAAAUCAAGAGAGAAUAUUACACCAUGUAUGGUAAAUCUUUGAAGGACAGACUUAGGGAUGAAUGUUCGGGAGACUACAAGAGAUGUCUGUAUGCCCUCAUUGGAGAACCUUGAAAAUUUUAUGGCUGUGGUCAACUAAAGAUUUAUUAGUUGAAAUAAUUGGCAUUUCAAAUGUUUAUUCGUAUGUUAUUUGUUAACUGUUCUAAUGUGUCAAAUAUUUUACAUGUUCAAUUUUUACGCAAUUUUUGAAUGUGAGUUUGAACUAUAUUCGUAUUCAAAAUGUAUAAAAGAUAGUGUAUAUUAGUAUUUUUGUGUAAUUCCUAUCUUUCUUGGAAAUUUACAAACGAAAAAAUAUAUAUAUUUAUAUAUGUAGAAAGUACCUUAUAUUUCAUAACUUUUGUAUACAAAUUUCUUGCUUCGAAGAAAUCCCAAAAUGGUAAUGUUUUGUAAAUCUUAAUUAUUUAUCAACAUGCUUUCAUCUUACACAACACUGACGAAGUACUGAUCAUUUUUCCCCCAUAUUAUAAAUGUUGUUUCAAUAAAAAUAUUUUUGGAUUCAAA